AUGCUGAAACCAGUGGUGAAACCUGCAGAUCUGGCACAUCUGGCGCCCCACUCCCCAUCGGAACCAGAAGUGACCCCUCUUGAUGACUCUUCAAGUAGUGAUGUGUGGCUCCUGGUUUCUGAAACUAAUGGGCCAGUGGGUGCUCCCAGUGCACCACCUUGUGUUCCCCCCAGGUCUGGGCCAGAUCUCGGUCAGGCUACUUUCACCGCUGUACUACCUGGUCAUGAGGCGCCCCCUUUGGUUGACCCGGACCACCCAACAUUGCGUCGCACCACCCGCCAUGGGGCAGGACCUGUGGGUUGUUUUUUAAGCCUGAGCCUGAGGGCGCUCACUCUUUUGCCACUCCUGCGGGAAGCAGCAGUCUCUUUGGGUCCGUGGAGUUGUGCUGGUGGGGAGCCUCACACAGUGGUUGGUGGCCCUGUUGGCACGUAUGUGGGCUUGUGCGGCGUGAGCGCUGCCCUGGGAAACGCCUUCUGCUCGUUUUGUGUGGCCAGCUCCUCCAGUGUGGCAAACCUUAUUGGUGCUAAAUUACGCACAGCGGAGGUUGAGAGCGCGCCUCCGUUCGGGGUCUGGGGGACCGGUGCUUUCUCUGAUUGCGGGACCGAGCUGCACCUCCCGCGGCAGUUUGGAGACUGCCAAUCAUCACAAGUACACAAAUUCUGA